AUGAAUGAUCAACUGAUUGUUUAUGCUAACAAUGUGUAUUUGGAAUAUAUCCUAUUUCUUGCUCCAUUUUCUACUUCACAACUCUGUAUAGUUAAUAUUACUGAUUUGGGUACUAAUAAUAUUCAAUGUGAUUUUGUCUACAGUGUUAUUACAUCAAAGAAUCAAACAACAUUACCUUAUUUUGUUUAUAAUUGUAUCGAUAUUCAAAAUCGUAUGGUGAUUGGUCGUAUUGAAUUUAUUAAUAAUGGAACAUUGUGUGCAUAUAAACAUAGAAAUUCGUUGAUAGGUAGUAAUUAUUCAAUACAAGAUAAUUUUGUGAUUGGUAUCGAUGCUCAGAAUGAGGGUGUAUAUGCUUUCACUGAUGAUUUUAUUGCCUAUUAUGAUUUUCAAUCAUGGAAUAUGACUGUCUGGCCAAAAACACUACCUAUUUCACCUCGUGUAAUCGAUUUUACUAACGAUUAUGGUGUACUAGCUGGUUAUUGUCAAGAUACACCAUCGCAGGCAUUCGAAUGUGCCAUGGUUGUAUUCGGCAGUGGAUCCUCAUCGAGCCCAUCGCAUGGAAGUCGUUUUUCUAUUGGAAAUUCAUUAAAUUUUUCAUGGGCUGACCUACGAAGUACUCACUUUGUUGCCACUGCUCGAGUUUAUUCAACUACAAAUCUGAUGUCAGUUAGUAUUUCUACGAUUGCUAAUCGUGUGCUAAUUGGUAUUCGAGCACUUAAUGUGGCUCUACUAUAUGUUGUUAAUGAUCCGACUACUCCCAAUACAAUUUAUCCAGUGAGUACUCGUCAGACUGGUAUGAAUAGAAUGGGAUUCGGUCGAAGUAUCGUUUGGCUUGAUAAUCAAGGUAGAAAAGCAGCUAUUCUUGCCAAUCAAUAUACUUAUACCACAAAUGAAUGGAUAU